GAAGAGCAGAAAGAAAAAUUUUACUAAGGUGAAAAGUGCGUAAUUUCUGCAGCAAAUAGUUCAAAUCCGGCCGUAAAACUAUCGUAACAAUGUGGCCGCGAUGGCGUGGAUGAGAUUGAUUUAGAAUUCAAUCCAAUCUGAGUAGUUUCCGUUGUGUAAUUUGUGAAAUAAAAAUCUGUGUUGGAUAGGCUGCUGGCAAGCGAUUCUUUUCUCUGCCUACCGUGGAAGAAGAGAAAAAAUCAAAAUGGUUGUAUCGAAGGAUGGCAAGCGGCGAAGAAAAGUUGGAUCCGCAGCGGCUGUCGGUGCCAAUAAUUCUAGCAGUGCAACUAAUAAUAGUAACAGUGCCACCGGAGGAAGCUCCACCGGGAAUGGGUCACGUGGUGGUGGCACUGGAGCCGGAAGUGUUGCCGCGGUAGCUAUCAGUGUGGCUGCUAAACGAGAAACUCCCGACAUUGAUCUUUCACCGCCGGAGGUUCCCAAAAGGCCAAAAGUGCAAGCGCAACGUAAGUUCGCUCAAGGACAAGGCGCCGCAUCAACGUCAGCAUAUCUCAACUUUAGCACCAAUCCAACAAAUGCAACUAAAGAUGCACAAAAUCGAACCCAAAGUGGAUCCGAUGCCGGUCCGAUUCCGGAAUUGCUACCUAACAUACGUCCGAAUACGGAAGACUUCCUAACAUUUCUUUGCUUCCGUGGAACUCCGGUGCUUCCACCCAGCUUAGAUUUCUUCAAUACAGCGGCACAACAACAACAACAACAAGCUUCCGCUUCUGGUAGCAGACCGACUGCAUCAACGUCAACAACUGUUACGAAAACUGGCGAAACAUCUACGCAACAGCUAGAUGAACCACCCGCAAAGAAAGAAGAACCGGAAAAGGUCAAAAAGAGUUCCACUGUUGUUGCGUCUCCGACCACCGCCAAAGAAAACGAUAAAAAGGAAGACAAGUCUGGUACAGCCCAGGAAAAGCCUGCUUUCAUGCCGUUCGCUGUGAGAAAGCGGGCCGAGCAACAUCCGGAAAAUAGACGAGUUCAAACCGUACAAGCGUUAAGAAAAAAGUACCAUGAACAACGAAUGGCCAAACUGCGAGUUACAGCGUACAACAAACAGACAAGAGCUGGCAACAUGAAAAAUAGGUUAGACCUUGAUGAAGAAGGAGAAAAACUGGAAGAGACUGCGGAGAAUAAAAAAGAUCAAAUAGAGACGGCUAAAAAAGAGAAACUAAAUCCAGCAAAAAAGAAAGCAGGCAAGAGAAAGUCGCAAAAAAAAUCUGCGAAAGAAGCCGAUGUGGAGAAGAUACAGGAAUUGAUUGAUGUUAAGGUAGUUUUAAACAAAGAUGAUGUUGAAAUGAAGAACAGGGAAGUAAGCGACGACAAGAACAUUGAGGAAGAAUCACCCAAGAAAGAAGCCAAGGAGGAUGCUCCGAAAGGAAGAGCGAAAGGUGGCAAAAAGAAAUCGUUGGAUGCAGAGGAAACAGGAAAGCGUACUACUAGGUUAUCUGCCCUCAGAAGUCCUCCGGCAAGAUCGGCUUCUCCGGCCAAAUUACCAACCAAUUCUCCAACUAUAAUUGUGUCGAAACCGAAGGAACCUGAACCACCCGUAGAGCAGGAGUUCUCGUCGGAUGAUGAUGAACCUCUUCUGAAAAGAGCAGCUGCUAGGAAAAAAGCAAAUGCUAAAACAGUGAAUGCGAAGAAAGGUCGGAAAUCGGAACCAUUACCAGAGAAAUCACCAGAAGAACUUCCGGAAAAGAAGGCUCGAAGGUCAGAAUCUGUCAGUAGAAAAUCAGAUGUUAGUUCGAAAAAAUCCGAACUUCCCGUUGUGGAGGCUCCACCCGUUCAGAAGAGGAUUCCUCGUGGUAGGAAAAAGAAAGAAUCUCCUCCGCCAUAUUCAGUUCCGGUUUCAGUAGAUAGAAAGAACGAAAAGAAAACGCCGACUCCUAUUCCUAAAGUGGAACCGGUUGUUAUUAAGGAACAAGUUGUGGAAAAACCUAAGCCUUCACCGGAGAAGGAACCAGUCCAAUCCCCACUUCCAGAAUCUGCUUCAAAAACUACACCAAAGAAGGGUACCACUAGAAAGAAAAAAGUCGAACCAGCCACUACGCCUGAAAUACCAGCAGUCGAGGAGAAAAAGUCGAAGAAGACUCCCGAGCCAGUGGCCGAGGUUAGCUCUCGACCUAGCCGUAAAACAAAGGAAGCAGCAACACUGUAUAUGGAACUGAUUGGACGUAAGUUGAACCAUGAUGACAAAUCCGACGAUGAUGCUUCGUCGUUAGACAGCUUGGAGCUUCCAAAUGUGCGCAAACUAGAACAGAUGGAAAACGAACUGAAGGCUAAUGCAGGCAAGAAAGAGCCAAAGCCUAGUUUGGCUAAAAAGGGAAGAAAGAAGAAAGAGCUCGAAGAAGCAAAACCAAAAGUAGAAGUACCGAAGGAAGCAAUUGAAAAAGUUAACGAUAGCAACCAACAGCAAGAAGAAUCGAAACCGGUGGAAAAAAGCUUUAGCGAUUCUGACGAGGAACCUCUGGCAACUAAAUUUCAACGCAAGAAAAGUCAGAUUCGACAAAAACAGAAAGAGAAAGCUAAAGCUAGGAAGUCUCCGGUGAAAAAGACCCCUGCAAAAUCUUCGCCUGUCAAGGAACCUCCGAUAGAACCAACAAUUGAGGAAGUGAAACCUGAGGAAUUGGCACCCGAAAACAAACCUUCCAACGCUAGCGUUCCGUCACCAACGGUUGAACGACUUCCUUCCCCAGCUCCUAUAGCAGCAACUGUAGUGAAAACUCCUACAAAAUUGUCGACGCCUCCAAAAACUUCAAGCCCUAAAGUUGCUACUCCACAAAUGCUCAGCCUUCCGCAUCAGCUUACCAGUCCGGAAGUCGUUCGAUCACCUGUCACGGACGAUCUGAAUUCCACGCGUGUCAACAAGUCCCACGACAAUACAUUCCAAUCGACGGCAGCCGAAACUAGCACCUCCCCUACGAAGCAGCCGACAGCGCAGCCUCAGCAACCUUUUAUUCGUGCAAUCAAACCUCUCUCCAGACCACUACCGGAAAUAUUCUCAGAAAAACCCACAACUCCUGCCCAGCCGGAGGUGCCCUUCAAUCGAAAUGUGAAAAAUGACUUAAAUAUGGAUGAAUCGGAUUUCCUCAAGGGUUUUGAACCAACCUCACCGACAUCACCCGUGGCACCGAAAACAAAUUCGCUUCUCGGAAAUUUGCUCCCGAGCAAAGAGGAAUCGGAGAAAAUAUUUGGGAUUGCUAGUGUGAGUUUAGCGCAGAGCUCCGGUCCGCUGGAUACAAAGUGUACUUUGGGCAAGUGUGGUUCAGUGCAUAAACCGCCGUUGGGUCCUCCUGUGUUGACUGAAUCACUGCUUGGUGGCCAUUUAUCUCCGCGAGAUAGGCGGAAAACCAAAGUCAACAUGACCCACGAGCAGAUCCAAAAAUGGAUUGAUGAAACCUCUUGGUCACCUGUGCCAGACGAUCUUGAUGGUGUGAUGCAUUCUCUUGAUGGUGAAUCAAAAUCUCUCGAAACAUCUAAGAGGCCUGUUCCCACACCUCCGGUAGCUGCUUGGGAGAAGUUGGUUGAAAGUAAACCGGAGCCUUCUCCGGUCGCAGACAUGCCAGCUCUUGCUACAGCACAGCCCAAGAAGGAAGAGGAAGCUAAACCACCAACUCCUCAACCAAGUGGAAGUGCUUCAAGGGGACCUACUUUGAAGGCGAAGCCUGUAACGGUAAAACCAGAAAAGGAAGUCGAAAAGGAACCUGUACUGGACGCUCCUAAAGUCCUGGAAAAGAAACCUCCCAAAGAAGAAGUCAAGGAAGAGGAAAAGAUUAAAUCUCCGGUCCCGGCUAAAGUGCGUACACCUUCUCCAGUGAAAAAGGACACGAAGAAAGAAACCAAGAAAGUGAAAACGGAACCUACGGCGACGGCAACGGUGACAUCUACGACACCCACGGCAACCGCCACAACAGCUACAACCACUCCUGCUGCUCUUGGAGCAACUGCACCGGCAUCCGCGGAUCGAAAGCCGAUAUACAAGCAGGGAAGAACUCCCGUUUACAAACAAGAGGCCUUAAAACCGACAGCAAAAGCACCAAAUUCUACGACAUCCAACAAGUUCGGGGCAUUCUCGCCGGAUAACGAAGCAAGUGUGUAUUCUUUUGACAAUGAAGACAACUUCACACCGUUGGCAACACCCUUCCGGCGGCAUGGCCGUAGGGAGUCGUGCAAUUCAUCGGUAAGGGACGAGGUGCAAGCCCCAGCUGUUCAGCAAAGCAAAAAACAAACGACGCAAGACGAAAAGGCUGCGUCUAGUUCAACAUUCCAAAAACCCGUCAAUCUAGGUACGCCGACUAAAUCUGCAGUGCAACCUGCAGUUAGUUUAACCCUCAGUCCAGAAGAGGGUGCCAAGUCGGCUGCAAUAGCUGUCCCACUUGAUAGUAAAGCGGAAGCAUCGAAAAAGACGCCGGAAGAAAAGAAACCAGCCACUGACGAGUCCGAUGAUGAUGGACAUACGUUCUACAUUCCUUUGCAAGGACCGAAUGCCGCCGGAAGUGGUAAAACGGAUCAGCUUAUCCAAGGGGUGGCAGUAAAAUUGGGAACUGAGGGUCCCGAGGGUCCUAACCAGAGGGUAAUAAUGCACGCCAAACUCGUCACCAAGGCACAAAUGGGUUCCAACACAACACCCAUCCCGGAAUCGAUGAACGUACAAGAGCUGGUCAAAAGUCUCAUGGCGGCUGGUCCGGGAAUGAGUAAAGAUGGAAUCUCCAAGAUGGUUCCAGUUGGGACGGUUCAACCUCGGUUCAAAUCAAGUGAUUCUACAGUAGUUGAUAAGACACCAGCUCCAUCUGUAUCGGCAGCAGUAGUUGCUCCUUCAACUCCAGCACCGGAAGACACCCGAGGAGGUCUCUCGCGUAUCAACUCAAAUUCGUCACUCAAUUCAUCGCAGAGAUCGAAGAAUGCUAAGGCGAAAGCAAAAAUUGAUACUCAAGUUCAACCGGACAAUAACACGGCCUUCCCACGACGAGACGAUCCUGCCCAAAUGGUUGAGGCUCCCGUUUUUAAACCAAACGACAAAGAAUUCCACGACCCAAUAGAGUAUAUUGAAAGAAUCGCUCCAGUUGCGGCUCGGUUCGGAAUCUGUCGCAUUAUACCGCCGGCUAGCUUUAAACCCGAAUGCCGGAUAGCAGACGAUAUGCGCUUCAUGGCCUAUAAUCAGUACGUACAUAAAAUGCUCCAUCGGUGGGGACCAAGUGCUAAAGAGUAUGCCGCGAUCAAGAAAUACCUGGCUACGCAAAGCAUCAAUUUGCAAAGUCCACCGUUGAUCGGUGGCAUGGAAGUAGAUCUUCCAAGGCUGUAUCACACUGUACAAGAGCUAGGUGGUUUGAAAGAAGUGAUCGAAAAAAAGAAAUGGGCUCGCGUUUCGGAGGAUAUGUGUUUUCCGAAAGCUGCUCACGAUCGUGUUUCGAAACUCGAUGACAUUUACUGUAAGUAUCUACUUCCGUACGACACUCUGUCACCGGCCGAAAGACAGAAACUAUUCGAUGAAGUGGAAGCAGACUGGGCCAAACGGGAAGCGAAAGCUCGUCGGAAUGCUGAUAAAUGUGUUAGUUCUGACAUACGCAACAGCGGAGAUUCGGAUGAGGAUGAAGAGGAUUCCAACGAGGAAGAGGAAGAUGAUGAACGCUCAAUGGAGUGCAUUAUGAAGGGAAGAAAUAUGCCCUUGAAUCAAUUCUUCCGGAUAGCACGGAAUACGAUGGCAUUGUGGUUUAAGAAUUCGGAACCGACCGUGGCCGACAUCGAAAGUGAAUACUGGCGACAUGUUGCCGUUCGGGAUAGUCAUGUUUGCGUUCAUUCUGGUUCUAUUGAUUCCAGUGCUUAUGGGUUUGGAUUUCCAGCGCCCAAAAUUAAAGGUUCCUCGUGUGCGAAACAUCCUUGGAAUCUAAAAGUCCUUACCAAUAACAGCAGCUCGAUACUGCGUUCGCUUGGACCGGUGAUGGGUAUCACCAUUCCGACGCUGCACGUGGGAAUGCUCUUUAGCGCUUGUUGCUGGUAUCGUGAUCCUCAUGGUUUACCGUGGAUCGAGUAUCUGCAUACCGGUGCCAGUAAAAUCUGGUACGGCGUUCCCGAUGAUCAAAAUUCAAACUUCCGGGCCGCUUUAACGCAAUUAGUUCCAACGCAUUGUCAAAACAAAACCAUCUGGUUACCCUGCGACACGGCAAUGGUUCCACCACAUAUGCUAACCGACCGGAAUGUUUCGCUCUGUCGAACUGAACAGCAACCUGGCCAAUUUGUGGUGGUAUUCCCAAGAGCUUACACGUCCAGCCUCUGCUCCGGAUAUGCUGUUUCCGAGAGCGUAUACUUUGCGUCCAGUUCAUGGCUAGACACUGCAAAGGAGGAUUUUAGGGACAUCCAAGAAAGUUGCGAACCAACCAUGUUCUCCGUGGAACAACUAGUAUUUGCCAUUGCAAACGACCAGCGCAGCAAUCACGACACCCUGGUGCAAAUAAUACCAACGAUAAACGACAUCUACGAUAAGGAGAAACAGCAGCGCCAAACGAUAAAGGAUCACGGUGUCAACAAAACAGAGAAAAUCGAAUCCAAGAAGAAGACCGCUUCUUUGGAGGAAUUCGAAUGCGAUAUCUGUAGAGCUAAUCUGUACUUAUCCUUGGUUCGGGUUAAAAUAACCGGCGACGAUGAUGAGACGCUUGACGAGGAUGAACGGAUAUACUGUCUCAAACAUGCCAUCAAGUUCCUAUCGGACAGUCGGUUACCGGCCAAGUUUUGCAAACUAGCCUACACGUACUCGUUGGAUGACAUCGAAGAGCUUCUGCGAAAGUUGCAGGACAAAAUUGCUAACAAAAAGCCACAGAAAGCCGGUGUUGGUGGUGGCAGCAGUACCGGCGGAGGUGCUGGUGGCGGAGGACGUGGAAAAUCUUCGCUGCAUCUGGCAUCAACGUCAUCGCAAUCUUCUUCGUCAUAUCAAGCGCCUAGUCACAGCAAGUUCGCCGGAAUGGCUACAAUGCUGAAGUAAUAAAUUGUAUCUACGAGUGUGAGUGUCUUUGUAUAAAUUUUUGUUUCGUAAGCUAGAAAGUAAAACCACUGCGAGUGGUUUAACGAUUUUGUAUCGUCGUGUAAAGUUUUUACAUGGUAAGAUAAUUUAAAUUCAUGCAUAAUAAGAACUAUUUGAAUUAAAUUAUGAAAACUAUGAAGUUUAUCUCUGUAACGAUGUUACACAACUAUAACAGACAGACAUUUACAUCAUAAUAGACAUGUAAACAAACAACAUUGGUUUCCCUUUCCCAGAGACUCCUCCUCUUGGCAGGACAGUGUGUUUUCGACCAACACAUUCUUGUAGGUUAUAAUUGUGAGUAGUAUUGAGUGGCAAAUAUCUAUCUAGUGAUACAUAUACAAUUCCGCUGCAUUGUACAAGCUGUGUGUUACUGCAACUAUCCAGUAUUAAAUUUAGAAUCACAUACAAUCGCAAAACAGUAAACUUUCGCAGAGGGUUAGAAUGCAGAUCAGCUAGGGCAUUGUCUAAUUUGAAUGCUGUAAAAACGAUUAUCGAAAUAUGUUGUUUUCAAAGAGACUGGUAGUAAAACUACAAUUUCAAAUUUAAUUUGGAACUAAACUGUACCAUCAAGAUAAGUUUUUUUUUUAAUCGUUUUUCCAACAUCACCUUUAUGCAUUCACCAACAUAGCUGACUGCUUUACUACCAAUCGUACUUUUUUUUUCUCACAUAAAUCUUCAAUUUCCAACCAUUACAAAAGUAUACACAGUUUGUAGAAAUAACCUAGGUGAUAUAACUGUAAAUAGGUGUGUAAUUAAACACUGUUGAAUGAAACAUGUUUUGCAAUACAAUGUGCAAUCCACGACGACGCAACACGAACAAUAUGAUCACACAAAACCUACAACCCUUGCUGACCCAUUUGAAAUAGUACCGUAGAUAGGGUACGAAAUUAGCAAACCAUUCUGGCGAGCUUCUUACGGUCCCAAACUACGGACGAUCUUCUGUUCUGAUGAAGGUAAUGCGAUCUGCUAGAAGAUUUAAUUGUAUGAAGUAUUUGAAUAUGAAUGGACUCUUUAGGAUGAAGCCAGAGUAAAUACGAGAAUGCAUUUACCGAAUAGUUGGAUCAAUAAGUGAGAAUGCAUAUGUGCAUGAACUUAGUUUUAAGCAAAAAUUGAACAAAAGUUCAUAUUAUAUAUACAUCAACGUGAAGAAAACAGAAAAAAAAGAGACAGAAAAACACUAUUGGAAACACUUCUCGCAGAUUAUAUAAUGAGAUGAUAAUAUAUCGACAGAUUUAAAAUACUAUAAGUGAACGUUUCUAAUAGAGGAAAUUAAUGAAUAAAGUAAGGCAACUAUUCUAGA